AUGGCUAAUGAGACAAUAGUGCAAGAGACCAGAGAUUCAAGGACUAUGAUUGUGGAGUGCUGUUGCCUGAAAGAUUUUCAAAAGCAUAAACCGCCUUCCUUUAACGGAGGCAAGGUGGAUCCCAUUGUAGCAGACAACUGGCUAGAGGCUAUAGAAACAACCUUAUAUUACAUGAACUGCCUGCUAGAGUAUCAAGUUCAUUGUGGGACAUAUAUGAUGAAAGGAAAGGUGCACUUUUGGUGGAAAAGCGCUCAGAGGAUCAUUGCACACAAGAAGAGUUUUAUCACCAGGUGCCAGUUUAAAGAAGCCUACCUCCGCAAAUACUACCCAGUCACUGCCAAAUGCAGUUCUACACAUCCGUUCAUAUCUGAGGAGUUUGUAGAGCUAGCACAUUUAGAGAUGGAACCUUUUGAGAUCACCUUGUCAACUCUCGUCAGUGGACAAUUUUACCUACAAGGGAGCCACUUCCAAGAGGUUAUAACAGCACUGAAGGCCAGGAAGAUAAUUCGUGGUGCAAGUGCAUUUUUAGCCAGCGUGACCUUAGGCAACAGUAACGAGCAGACAGUCUCAUCAGUACACAUCUUCAGGGAUUUUGUGGAUGUUUGCCCAAAGGAUUUGCCAGGUUUGUCCCCAGUUAAGGAAGUUGAUUUCAAGAUUGAUUUAGAACCAGGAACCGCGCCGAUCUCCAAGGCACCCUACAAAAUGGCACCUGCAGAACUCAAGGAAUUGAAGGAACAACUACAGGAGCUGUUGAAUAAGGGUUUCAUUCGACCAUGUGUACCACCUUGGGGAGCCCCUGUUCUGUUUGUCAAGAAGAAUGAUGGAUCUUUGCGAUUGUGUAUUGAUAACAGAGAGAUGAACAAGGUCACCAUAAAGAAUAAGUACCCCCUCUCGAGAAUCGACGACUUGUUUGAUCAGCUACAAGAAGCAACAGCUUUCUCCAAAAUUGACUUGAGGUCAAGGUAUCAUAAGUUGAGGAUUAGAGAAGAUAUACCCAAGACAUCCUUCAAUAGUCGUUAUGGACAUUACGAGUUUCUUGUUAUGUCUUUUGGCCUUACCAGUACACCAGUGGUCUUCAUGUAG